AAUUCAAUAAGGCUCGCUUCUUGUCAAACGAUCAUGACGAUCACAAUGUAAAGUCAGUUGCACUCGUUAUAAUUGGGAGCAUUACAAAUAUCAUUGUCAACGAGCGACUUUUUCGGCAACCUCUGCAUUAUCGUCCGAACAGGCAGGCAACCUGUUAUACUGACUACAAUAUGUUAAUGUUAUAUCCUGCACGUGGAUUCGGGCUUCGUUUCUUAAUCGUUCGGUCGUUCGACGACGCUACGCGUGUCAUUCAAAUCCAGCAGAAGUGCUCUCCCUUCUUUGGCUCGCUUUUUCCUAUUUCUUUUUCCUCGGUUUUUCUUUACGACCGAACAGAUACGCGUCGGCGUAUUAGGUGGAAACCUACCCAGUAUCGGCAGUCCUUCCCUCCCACCUCUUUUUCUUCCUUUUCUUCUUUUUAAUGAACUUUCGACCGCAUUCUGUCUGCACGAGUCCAAUAUAUCCGCACGACAAGGACGAUCCCGAAGGAGAGGAUCAAAGACUUACACACGACGAUGACGACGACGACGCGAAGCGAGGUGACGCGAUUGUUUUAAUAUCGCCCCAAAAGAGUCCGUCCAGUUACGUGCCCCCGAGGGUGAAAUUUCUCAGACGUCACGCUCGUGACGGAAAAUGAAGCGGUAGUUGUUACUCGAUAAAAUUGCCGGGGCGAGAAAAUCUACUGAAAGUUAGGGCGCGCACCGGCACGCGUUUGUCCCUUAACUUUGACUGCUUUACGAUUAAUUGGCGACAGCGUUUGCGGCACGUGUGUAUAUGUGUGUGUGUGUGUGUGUGUGUGUGUGUGUGUAUGCGUGUGCGGCAACGCGGAGCGUGAAACUUUCGCAGACUUCGUUUUAAGCAUCGCGAAGCAUCCAGAGGGAAGAACAGGUCGCUCUGUUUCUCCCUCCCGUUGGCCCGCGAGUAACUUGUAUAGCUGCACUCGAUAAAAUAUUAGCAUCGUCUCCUUCCGAGAACGAUCGCGAGCGCGGGAACGUUGAAAAUCGGCCAGCUUUACGGCGCGAAUUUACGAAUUCAUUCGCUUGUUCCAGGUGUCGGGAAAGGGCGGUAAACUUUAGAGUUUCGCACGAAAAUGCGAGCAUGAACGAAAAGCCAACGAGUGCUAGAGGGAGUGUCCGAACUUUCGACAUUAUCCCCCCGAUUAUGUCACCGUUUUGCCCACGCGUUGCUUCGAAUAUCGCGGCUGGGAGGGGAAGCGCCGUUCCGUCGGACAGAUAAGCGACGAAUAUCGAGCGAGUUGAAUUGAGCGCGAAGCUCAAGCGAGCGAGGAUACAGUCGAGAUCGCGGGUGGAAAUCCUUGUAAAACCGCGGCUGCGGCCCUCACCUCCUACCCCUCCCCCCCCCCCACAGCGGCGGCUUCGGUGGAAUCAUUAACGAUUUGCGGUACUUGGAGACGGAGUCAAGAUGAGAAAGCGGCCGAGAAGAAUCGGGGGUCGAACGAGCGUAGCGAACGAGCCGAGGUGCAGCGGCGAAGCAAUGACGUCCAGCCGGCGUCGUCCGACGAACAUGAAGAACGUCGAGAUCGUCGUCUCGGGCAAUCGCGUAUCGGGGUGAUCGCGGCCGGCUGAGAGGAGCGUCGUAGUGGUACGGCUGCGCACGGCGAAACAUGAACGACAGCGAGAUCUAUUUACUGAGCUGGGAAGACGAGGUACACGCAACAAACAACGACGAUCUCGGCAGGAGCUUUUACAACGCAAGCUAUCCGCCGUUCAACAGCAGCUACGAGAAUCUCUGGGAACUCGCGACUGAUCGCGCCGGACUCGCGAUCGUUCUCCUGCUCUUCUCCGUAGCGACCGUCUUCGGCAACACGCUGGUGAUAUUGGCGGUGUUCAGGGAACGGUACCUGCACACAGCGACCAAUUACUUUGUAACCUCAUUGGCCUUCGCCGAUUGCCUGGUCGGCCUGGUGGUGAUGCCGUUCAGCGCGGUUUACGAGGUGCUGGAGAACCGCUGGCUCUUCACGACCGACUGGUGCGACGUGUGGCGCUCGUUGGACGUAUUAUUCUCCACCGCGUCCAUCCUGAAUCUGUGCGUCAUCAGUUUGGACCGUUACUGGGCGAUCACCGAUCCGUUCACGUAUCCGACGCGGAUGAGCCGGAAACGCGCGGCCAUCCUCAUCGCGAUCGUGUGGAUCUGCUCGAGCGCGAUCUCCUUCCCGGCGAUCGCCUGGUGGCGGGCGGUGCGGACCGAACAAGUGCCCGAGGACAAGUGCCCGUUCACGGAGAACCUCGGCUACCUCAUCUUCUCGUCGACAAUCAGCUUCUACCUGCCGCUCUUCGUCAUGGUGUUCACGUAUUACCGAAUCUAUCGCGCCGCCGUGAUACAGACGAGGAGCCUGAAGCUCGGUACGAAGCAAGUGAUGAUGGCCUCGGGCGAGCUCGAGCUCACUCUGAGGAUACACCGGGGUGGUGGUACCAACACCGACGCCCGCCACCUCUUUCGAACCACUUCGAGCACGCCCGAGGAGCUGCAGGAUCUCGAGGAGCCGCUAACCGCGCUUCACAACAACGGUCUCACCCGGGUGCCGUCCGCGAGGCACACCAUCAACAACAAGCAACACCUCGGUAAAAACUUCUCCUUGUCGCGCAAGCUCGCCAAAUUCGCCAAGGAGAAGAAGGCGGCCAAGACUUUGGGCAUCGUCAUGGGCGUCUUCAUCAUCUGCUGGCUGCCGUUCUUCGUCGUGAAUCUAUGGUCGGGAUUCUGCACGAGGUGCAUCUGGCAGGAAGAGAUAGUAUCCGCGGCCGUCACAUGGCUCGGUUGGAUUAAUAGUGGAAUGAAUCCCGUGAUAUACGCUUGCUGGAGCAGGGACUUCCGUAGAGCUUUCGUCAGAAUUCUAUGCGUUUGUUGCCCAAGACGAAUGAGACGGCGGUAUCAACCGGCAUUCAGGUGUAAACCGAGUCAGUAUAUUUCCGGGAUGGGAACGGGCGGGCAGGCGAGCAACGUGAGCUACAGCAGCGUCAGUCAGAGCAGCGACGGCGGUGCAUAUACGACCGGAAGUGGACCCCCCGGCGGAGGUAUCUGACGUCAUACAUCGGCCCGAUCAGGGCCGCGUCGAGAGCGGGCGAUCCGAUUCCGCGACGCAUGAUUGUAAGCCGUGGCCAAAAGAAGAAGGAAAAUGUUCUCUCUCGCGAGGAGCCGAGAGAAUUGAGCUCCUGCUAGCAUCGACAGCGAUCAACGCCAACGUCUCCGGCGAAAUAAUGCCGGGGAGGAAAGUGAGGUGCGCUCGAAGGAGGCCCGGAAUGAAUAAAAUCCGCCAUCGUCACAAACCGGAUGUCCGACGCGGGUCGUGACGAGCGCGAAGUGGACCACGGGAGAGUAUUCUCGCACUGUGUACAUGGAGAAACGCGACUUGGCGACUGAAUACGAGAAAAAAAACGCUGAAGAACGAAGCAUGUACUUAGCGUACAACAUUCUCGAAGGAUUCCCCGCGAUUAAAGUCUGCUUGCUUGACGUUCGUGACGUGUCAGACGCAAUCGCGAUUAAUCGAUUAAGCGAUUAAGCGAGCGAGUGACCUGCGAGUGUGCGCGUGUAUCCAUAUCGCGCGACAUCCUGCGAGAAGGAAGGAAGCAGGAGAUGAAUGAACGAACGAAAGGAGUUUAUAAAAAUCAACGUGUGAAGCAAACCGGUAGCGACUCAGUCAGCCGCGAGUCGUGCCGUGACAGACCGAACACUUCUAGGUGUCUCCUCCAUGUUAGAUCGUACAGGAAAAGGUGCCCUUUUCACACGUGAAAUUCGAGUUCAACACGCGACUUCGUUGCCCAAAGACUGGUUGCAUCGAUGUGAAUCAACGCUACCUCCAAAUCGAUUCAAUCGUCUUAGAGCCGUUUAUAUCAUAGAAUAGAAGACACGACGAAUGAAAAACAGUGAAUCUCAUCUUCCGGAUUAAUUAUCCAACACUAUGGGCGCGACUCUAGAUAAUUGUGCAAGACCAAGCUCUAGAUCACCUACGUGAAAUUAGAUAAAUUCAACAGGACUUCCUUAUUAGCAAGAAUGGCGAAGAUAAAAGUGUCAAACGUGAAAUUGCACAAUCAGAUCUAUACAAAUCGAAUAUACAAAUCGAAAUCGCGUCUCUCUUUCUCUUUCUGUCUCUCUCUCUCUCUCUCUCUCUCUC